AGUGACGUCAGUCCACUGCGACUGCUCUAUGAGCCCAGGCUGAGGUAGCUAACCAGCUCUCCAGCUCAGCUCAAACUGAACCAACAAAAUGGUAAAGUCGGGGAAGCUUCGCUCCGGGACGGCACAGAAAUUAAAACGAUGGAAAAAAGGGCACAGCAGCGACUCAAAUCCCGAGACGAGUCGCUACCGACAGGCGGCCAGAAGUCGUUUCUUCAGUCGGCCCUCCGAGAAGAGUGGGCUGACGGUGGACGCUCUGAAGCUGCAUGAUGACCUGCAGGGCGGCGCUGUGGAGCUGGGGGAGGAUGGCGAGGACAUGGACGAGGCGGAGCAGGCUCUGUCCCAGCGCUCUGGCGCCACCUUCCUGAGCGGAGUGUCCGACUGCUCCAACCUCUCCUUCCGCAAGGUCCAGCGAUACUGGGAGUCCAACUCGGCCGCACACAAGGAGAUCUGUGCAGUGUUGGCGGCGGUGACGGACGUGAUUCGUACUCAGGGUGGGAAGGAGACAGAAACGGAGUACUUUGCUGCACUGAUGACUACUCUUGAGGCUGUAGAAUCCAGUGAGUCUCUAGCUGCAGUGGCCUACCUGCUAAACCUGGUGCUCAAGAGGGUUCCCGUCCCAGUUCUAAAGAACCGGUUCUCUGAUACAACCAAAGCCUUCAUGGACGUGAUGUCAUCGCAGGCCAACAGUGACAGCAGCUCAGCACUGCGCUGGAUCCUGUCAUGUCUGGCACUGAUGCUGAAGAAGCAGGAUGUGAGUGUGUGGAGUUACCCUUCCACCCUACAGGCCUACCACGGGCUACUCAGCUUCACUGUACACUCCAAACCCAAGGUGCGUAAAGCAGCACAGCAAGGUGUGUGUUCCAUCCUGAGAGGGAGUGACUUCCUGUUCUCAGACAGCCGCCCCGCCCACCACCCUGCUGCCGUGACAACCGCCAAAUUCUGCUGUAAAGAGAUCGAACAGGCAGGAGGCAGUAAAGAGGACACCACCACGCUGCAUGUGCUGGGCCUUCUGAAGGAGCUGCUGCCCUGCUUCCCCGUCGGCUCCACCAAGAGCUGCUGUGAGACGCUGCUCCGCGUCAUGACCCUCAGCCACGCGCUGGUCACUGCAGGAGCCAUGCAGGCCUUCCACAAACUCCUCAGCUCCCAACCCAGCAGCUCCCCCCUGUCUGCUGAACUCAACGCACAGAUCAUCAAUGCACUCUAUGACUACCUGCCCAGUGAGAAUGACCUGCAGCCUUUGCUUGCCUGGCUUGCAGUGAUGGAGAAGGCACACACACAUCUGGCCAGUCUGCAGAGCUCUCUGUGUCUGGCCCAUCUCCCACGAUUCUUCUCCAUCGCUAUGAGCUGUCUGCUGUCGCCACACACUAAGGUCGUCUCCACGGCAACACAGGCCAUGAAGACUCUCCUAGAGGAGUGUGUGUCGCCCCACAUGUCUGAAGUUGGACCAGUUCUGCCUGGUGCUGCAUCAGGGAACCCAUCACACAUCGUCAAGAUGUUCCGGUGUGUGGAGGAGGGGCUGUCUUACAGGUUCCAUGCAUCCUGGCCGUUUGUACUCCAGGUUCUCGGUUGCUUCUACAGGGGAGCUGGAAAACAAGCUCACGCCAUCAUGGUCAAGAGUCUGCAGUCUCUGUGUGAUCUGCGCUCCACUCCGCGGUUCCCGUUCGGUGGGGAGUUGGACUUGGCUGUAGGGGGCGCUGUGGAGAGCAUGGGACCAGAACUGCUGCUGAAGGCUAUACCCCUGCUCAUCACCGGACACCAGGACGACCUGGAGUUCCCUCGUAGCUGGCUGGUUCCGGUGAUUCGGGAUCACCUGAAGAACACCCAGCUGGCCUUCUUCUCCUCCUACUUCCUGCCCCUGGCCAACACACUCAAACGCAAAGCUGAGGAGCUGGAUCAGGCUGGACAGAAGCUGGAGUCUAAAGUCUAUCAGACUCUAGAGCAGCAGAUCUGGACCAUGCUGCCCGGGUUUUGCCAGCGGCCGACUGACGUGGUGGGCGGGUUCGCUGGUCUCGCCCGCACCCUUGGCUCCGCCCUCAACGAGCGCCCAGACCUCCGACUGCCCAUCUGCCAGGCGCUACGCACACUCAUACGGAGCGCAGAGACCGCUGAGGAGAAGGCGGAGCUCGGCCGCUUCUCCAAGAACUUCCUGCCCAUCCUGUUCAACGUUUUUACCCAGAAGCCCCCAGAGUCGGACAGCGCUCCGUACAGACCAGCCGUGCUGGACACCAUCAGAGUCUACCUGACCGUCACAGAGCCCGAGCUGGUGUGUUCAUUCCUGCAGAAGGCCACAGAGAAGCUGAGUGGUGCUGAUAGUUCUGAGUUCACACGUCUGGCUGUGAUGGACCUGGUGGUUGCCAUGGCACCCUGUGUCGAUGAGGCUACUAUGACCCAAACGUACGAACUCAUCAAACCCUACCUGGAGAGUAAGGAGGUGGGUGUUCAGAAGAAGGCCUACCGUGUACUGGAGGAGAUGUGUGGGGGGGGGAGGCCAGUCGGCUUUGUCAUCAACAACCUGCAGCAACUACAGGGGGCGCUACUGAGCAGCCUCAAGACCGCAGCCUCCCCAGCCAAGAGGCCGAGGUUAAAGUGUUUGAUUCACAUUAUGAAGCAGCUGAAAGAAGAACACAAAGAUUUCAUCAUCACGUUACUGCCAGAGGUAAUUAUCUGUACUAAAGAGGUGUCUUUAGGCGCUCGUAAAAACGCUUUCAGCCUCCUGGUCGAGAUGGGCAACGCCUUCACCCGUUUCUGUGGCAAUCAGAAAGACGCACUGGAGGAGUUCCUGAGCGUGGUGUAUGUGGGUCUAACUGGAACGGUCACCAUGAUGACCUGCACAGUACUCGCCCUCAGCAGACUGGUCUUCCACUACAGAGAUUCCAUCGAGUCGUCUACGUUGGAGCAGCUCCUCCAUAACGUGUGUUUGCUGCUGACGUGCCGCACGCGUCAAAUCCUGAAGGUCGCACUUGGCUUCCUCAAGGUCAUCCUGUACGUUCUGGACGUCAAGACCCUCGCUGGCCAUCUCACUGUCAUGAUGGAGGCCAUUGGGAACAUCAAGGAUGACAUGCGUCGCCAUUUCAGAGGCAGCCUGAAGAGCAUCUUUACUAAACUCAUCCGCAAGUUUGGGUUUGAGCUGGUGAAGGACAUGUUGCCUGCGGAACAUCAUAAAGUCUUGGCGAACAUCCGGAAGGUGGAGGCGCGGUCUAAGAGGAAGAGGGAGGCCCUGAAGGCAGAGGAGGAGGGGUCAGACAGUGAGGCCGACGCCCCCAAAGCCAGAGGAGACAGUAUUGAGGAUAUUCUGGCAGACAGCGACUCUGACAUGUCUGAGGAGGAGGGGCCUAAGAAAAAGGCUGUAAAGAAGACUGUGAAGAAGAAGGGCGGGGCUUGGCUGAAGGAGGGGCUUAGCGAUGAGCCACUUAACUUCCUGGAUCCUGGAGCUUCACAGAGAGUUCUGGCCACAAACCCUGAGGUGAAGACCCGUAAGGCGCAGCACGGCUUCAAGGUGACAUCAGACGGACGCCUCCUCAUUGAGGAUGAGGAGGACAAACAGAAAAAGAGCAAAGCUGCUGAGGCAGGAGACCUGGAGGACAUUCUUGAGGAGGCGGGAAUUAAGAGUAAGAAAAGCCAAAAAAGGAAAGCAAACGACGACCUUGAUGAUGACAUGGAGGUGGAGUCCCAGUCCAGAUAUAAAGCGGGAGGUGUAGGCAUCCACCGGCCACUAGGGGGCAGACAGGAGUCAGGAGCAGACUACAGAGCAAAGAAGGGGAAAGGAGACGUUAAGAAGAAGGGCAAAGUGGACCCCUACGCCUACAUCCCACUAAAGAAAGCACAGCUUAACCGCAGGAAGAAGGCCAAGCUGCAGGGCCAAUUUAAGGGGAUGGUGCGCGGAGCCCACAAGGGGGCGCUAGCAGCCAAGAGGAUGAAGAAGAACCAGAAACGUGCAUGAGGAGAUCUUUUAAACAAACAAACACACACACACACACACACACACACACACGUCACUGUCUCACAGACUCUUGUGAAAGAAGAGACAAAACUGAAGACUGUAAACACACACACACACACACACAUGCACACACUCACACACACACGCUGCAUUGACUGUGUGUGGUAAGCCCACACCUACUUUUUGACUGUAUUUUCUGUCAGGCAGUGACGAUGACAGCUGUUUUCUAGCUAGUGGUGUCCUGCCUCCUCCUGGCCCCUCUGCCCUGGUGCCUGUAUGUACUGUCCCCUCUCUGACCACAAGGGGGAGUUCUAACAGGCAGCAAAGCUCUGCAAGAGCACUGUAUGUGAAAUGCUCUUCAUGAAGGGUGUGUGUGUGUGUGUGUGUGUGUUUGUGUGUGUUUAUUUACUGGUGAGAAAUGUAUUUGUGUACUGAGAUAUAGGUAUGAUAUGUUCAUCACCUGGAGGGGAAGUCUGAGGCUUGACCUGCCUCUGACCCAGAGGACGCGUCUGUUGUGUUUGCAGAGCUGGGCCACUAGAUGGCGCUAUGAAGACAGGAGAAAUGAGUGCAGUGGAAUUGUAAUGGAGUUUCAGAAUAAAACCUGUUAAACCACAAA